GUCGUCAUCUCACGGUGUACCAGCAAACAUUAGCGCGUUUGCAAAAUGUGUUUCCGCGUAGCGAUUUAUUGCUUGCUUCUGGGCACUGCGACACAACGAGUACUGGCAGACGAAGGGGAUUACAUUUCCAUCUUCACCACCCGUUCAUGGGUAGAAAACGAAGAUGUAAGCAUCAUCCUAGCCAACAUGGACAACGCUCCGGGCACGUUCGAAAUAGAGAACAUUGGGAUGGAGCAAGGUGAUGUGCUAGUGUCCACUACCGUCGAUCCAAAGCACGUCCAGCUGUACGUAAUACCAUCGGAAUGGAGUGCCACCGGCGAGGAAGCGAUUCAAUUGGACAUCGUUACCUCAGCCGGACAGCCGGAAGAAGCGCGCCUUACCGGACAAAUCGAACGCACCGCGCAGCCGAAGGUUUUGAUUCAGCUGAACGACGUUUUUCAUACGCCGGGAGAUUUUUUGAAAUAUCGUGUCCUACUAACGGAUGGUCUCAACAAACCAUUGGGUAGAACUAAACGACCGUUCAACUUGACGAUAGUAUUGGAACAUGAUACACAACAAACGGUAGUGUCUCGCGAUGUACAGCUCUACCCGGGUGAGAUUUAUAGUGGCGAGCAUCUGUUUGUGGACGAUCGUGAUCUAGGCAACUGGACCGUGGCCGUUACGAUCGGUGAGCAGACGACGAGCAAGCAGUUUCAGGUGAUACUGUACUCUGCUCCAGUACACCAAAUCACGAUCGACACCGGGGAGUUGAUCACGCUACAGGAUACGGAGAUUGCGAUUACGAUCGAUGCUGUGUACAGUUUCGGAAAACCAAUUCAUGGUACGUUACAGAUUAAGGUUCAUAGUGAUGAGGAUCAUGUUGUGGAACGCACGUUUCCUAUUGCUGGCCGUAAGAUGGUACAAAUUCCCAUGCAAGAAGUGGUGGGUAAAGUGAGCUCAUCGGAAAUUAAAACAUUGAACAUCAAUGCAACAGUAACCACAACCAAUGGAUUAACACAGCGAACGUAUAAUCAAGCUCGAUCCAUUCCCAUGUACGCAUCGCCGUACAAGCUGGUGGUGGAAAGAACGGUUGGAUUUACCCCAGGCCAGAACGCGACCGUGUUUCUAAAGAUUCUACGAGCAAACGGAACACCAUUGAAUGGGCUUGAAGAUGACACGGAAAUGGUGUCCUUUACCACGGAUGAUUCCGGUGAAGUUUUCACAGCUAAUCUAGAGUACCGGAACAUGUCCGCCUCCAUCACCCUGGAACCAGCGUACAGUCCACAGCUGUACGUGCGCAUUCUACAACCUAAACAGUACCGCAAACGAGAUGCUUUUAAGCUAGCGAUCGUUGCGUCAUAUGCGAUGGACGGUGUACUGACGAUCAUCCGGAAGCAUAAUGGGGAAAACGUUCCCCACUACAUUGAGUGUAAUAUGCAGAAUUAUCAAGAGCUUUUCGUCCCGACCGUUCGACUUCAGGAUGUGAAGCGUGUGUAUGUGUUUGCACGGUUUGAGGGAACGUUAAUGCAAGCUUCAGCCUCCUACAAGGAACCAGCGCUAUCGGAGAAGGUGCAUAUAUCAGUGGAUGAGAGAAGCAUUAAAGUGUUCUCCAAUGAGGACGCAUCUCGAGUCGGUAUAGCGGUUUACGAAGGAUCGCUUGAUACAGCUCAGCUGAAGAACAUCUACACUCGGGCUAUGUUCAAUGGAACGACCUAUCCCAAGAUCGAAGAGAUCUUUCCGCUUUCCAUCAAUGACUUGAUAGUUUCUCCUUUACCGGAGCAAGGAGAAGUUGAUAAGCAACAAAAUCCAAAGUCCAUCAAUCGUUUACUUCUGUGGGAGGAAGGCACUAUAAGUAAUAGUCAGGCAGUUUUUCAGUUUGUUCCUCCCCCUCAUAUAAAUCAGAUGAUCGUAACUGCGUUUGUAUUUAGUCCCACCGGAGGACUCGGUAUUGCGGAACCGAUCCAAUGGCAACGCCAGCAAGACAUUGAGAUCUACCUUCAUAUUCCGUACUCGGCAAAGAAGCUGGAACCAGUAACGGUGGAUGUCUACAUCGUUAAUAAUCGCAACGAAAAGGUGGACUUUGUGCUGGUGGAGUUGUUGAACUACGCCAACGAGUUCCAUUUCCUCAACAACUCGGGUCGCAUAGAUGCUACCAAGAAAACCGUGUACGGGCGCCUUCGGCCAAACGAAGUUCAGCGCACCGAGUUCCUUAUACGGCCCAAAAAGCUAGGCUCUAUCACACUGAAAGCGAACGCCUAUACCGAAAGCAAUUUGUUCGCUCGGGCCGAAACCAUACUCCGCACCAUUCCCGAGAGCGUACGGCGGACGGAUAGUAUCGUGCGGCUGUUCAAUGUGGACAAUUCCAGCCAACAGCUGGACGACAUCAAGCUACCGAUUCCACGCACAGUCGACCCGGGGACGGAGAAGAUAACCUUCACACUGGAUCGUCAACAGACCGAAAUGGCUUCCCUGACGGCAAGCAUGCUGCUGGACAAGCUCAUCCAAACGGAUCCGCUUACGAUGGCGAUGAGGGCAGCACUGACGCUGGAGGUACUCGCAUUGGGCGGAUUGCAGUGGAACGAACGCAAAGCGCUGGCAGAGAGGCAGACGAACGAAUCGAUCACCAAGAUCAUGGCCUACAAGAAUGUCGAUGGAUCGUUCACGAUACCUGAUCAUCAUACGCCUUCGUCGGCUUGCUGGGACACGGUUAUAGCCUUACAAGCUCUAACCUUCGCCAAUGAUCGUCUCGCCAGUGCAUCUCUUGCAGAAACCAUUUUAAAAACGCUCCAGUGGAUCAAGAGCAAACAAGCGCCUGAUGGACAUUUUUGCACGGAUGAUGGUGAACAGAGCGAGCUGGAACGAGUAGACAAAACGGCACACGUGCUGUUGUUGCUCUUGCACAUGAAAAAUGACAUAAUGCGCCACGUGUCAGCAAUUGACAGUGCAAGAAAUUAUCUGCUCUCAAGCACCUCCACGCUACAAAGCUCGUACCAUCUUGCGCUGGUGGGACACGUGCUUCAACUUUCCCUCGAACGUCCCACGGGAACAGAAGAUCGCACCAUGAUCAACCGGCAAGCGUCUCACAUUUUGAUCGGAAUUUUGCAAGCAAGGCAACAAAGUGCUUCCGGUUCGAAGGUGUGGUUUAACAAGCCCAGUUCUACGCCGGACCUAGAAGCGACGGCAUACGCUCUGAUGCUAAUGACUUCCAAAAAGUUCCUAUAUGAUGCCGGCCCGAUAGUGAACUGGAUGAAGGAGCAACCGUACCGACGGGUGGUGAAUGCUUCCAUUACACCCAAUUCGCACAUCGCUCUGCGGGCACUGAUCGAUUAUGCCAAGCGUACAACCUUUCUCGAAAAGCGUUACAUUGCGAAGGUGACGGCAAAAGACAGGACCGGUGUGAUAGCACGACACGAACUGACACACCGUGAUGGUGGAAGUCAGGUUUGGCUUCUACCUUCAAGCACACGCACGGUAAGCUUCACUAUUGAAGGGACGAUUUCGGGAGCGUUACGCAUACACUACAGCUACAUGGAGAGUGUUACGCUGCAAGGGAAAAAGUUCGACAUUGACGUGCUGCGAUAUGGCACCUCAAACGAGGACUAUACCGAUUGGCGCGUGUGUCUCCGCUUCCUGCCGAAAGGGUUCUACGAGAAGACGCGUAUGGUAACGUGCGAGAUCGCAUUCCCGACCGGGUACAUUGCGCUGGACGACAGUGUGGAUGAGCUGAAUCAGCUCGAUGGUGUGGUUGCCACCGUUUUAAGAAAUGACGAAACGCAACUCUCGAUAACCUUUGAAGAGAUUGGCGUCCAGCAGACAUGCUUCAACGUGAGCGGUUUCAGACAGAAUAUCGAAACUCGGCAACUGCCCGGCACGAUCAAGGUGUUUGAUAUAACCGAUGAGUCGAACGUUGCCUUCAAGCAAUUGGACACAAAGACCUGAUGGAGUGACCCCAACGCAAAACAAACAUUUGGAACGAAAUGAAAAACUUUGGAGAGUUUUUUCUGUUUAAAAGAUGAUCCAAAAUCGAGAAAAUAUUGGGAUGAAAAUAAACUACACUCUAUUAGUCUUAUUCUAAA